AUGAGUGGUAACAUAGAGACCAGCUCUCUGUGGAUCAUAUCGACACUCAGCGCGGACGCACUGAAAACUUCCCUGGACAGCGAAAGUGUCGACUACGCGCUCGACCUCCUUCCUAAUGGCGCGGCGCGCAUCGCUUUCAGCUCCGAGGCCGCCGCGCUCAAGGCCCAUGCGGUGCUCGGCCCCGUGCGCAAGACAGGCUUCCAUGCGUCGCCAAAGCUCAAGACGCUGCUGCAGCAAAGAGGAAGUGAGCGUGCGCAGGAGCCCCCGGUGGAUAGGGGAGAAGCUGCCCACGCUAAACACCCGAGAGAGCAGGCAGGCUUUGGCUCUUACGCUUACCCGAAGAGCGUACAGACGGUGCGCGAAGAAGAAAGGGAGCAUGACCGUGGUUAUAGAGCGGACACGGGCGAUGGCGGCACCCACGGGCCCAGACAAGCAGCCGACACAUCGCCCUCAACAUCAUGGCGGCCACACCAGCACCAGCCGCACCAGCACCAGCCGCACGCACAGCGCCACACCAGCGAACGACCGCACAGUGACGUCCACCCACUUCCCAGCAGCACCCGGCAUCACCCGCGCCUCGGAUCGCUGUCAGACUCGUCCACAUUGGAUUCUCCUGCUCACCAGCACCCCCAGCAGCACCAGCAGCGACGACCGCCAGGCCCAUCGGGAUGGGCACACGCAGGGGAAUACCAUCAUCAGCACCAGCAGCCCCAGCAGCACUCGCACUACCAGCACCGCCACCAGCAUCAGCACCACCAGCAGUCGCUGCAGGGGUCCCCACACGCACCCGCAUUUGUACCGCCCCAGCCCCAGCCUGGUGUGAACGCACCACCCUUUUACUACCAACCACAACCGCACCAACAAGGGUAUUACAUGCAGUUUGCUCCUCCACAGCAACAGGGACCGCCACCACCACAACCACCGCAACAACAGCAACAGCAUGCGUUUCCACCCUACCACCCCCACAACCAGCCACCACUGCUGCAUCACCAACACAGACAACAGCACCAACAGCAGCAGCAGCAGCAGCAGCAGCAGCAGCAGCAGCAGCACCAGCAGUACCAGCAGCCGCAACCACCGCGUGGUGGCACGUACGAUUUGCAUGCACGCAACAUUCCCUCGUCCAACUAUGAGGAGUUUCUGUCCAUGAUGUACGAUGCGGGCGCCGUGCGUGUGGACCGCAUGUCCAUCAAGAGCACCGCCGACUAUUGUCUCGCCACUGUCAGGUUCCCGACAAAGGCACUGGCGGAGGACGCGCUGAGGAAGUUUGACACGCAUCUGCUGGGCACGCGCACGCUCGAGCUCACGCGACACAACCGCUGCCCGCAAUGGACCGAAGCCGAGCUGAAGCAGCACCUUGAUCCGAAACACACGUUUUUCGUGUUUAUCAAGAACAUCCCGCGUGGCUAUGAGCGCACGCUGGCGGCGCGCGUGCGCGAGCUUGAGGGUUAUCGCCGCGUGCAUGUGACAUUUCCAUCCGGCAAUGAAUCGAUUGUGUUUGCCAAUGCGAGCUUUGCUGACAGGCGGUCUGCCGACGCUGCCAUUCGCAUGCUGAGCACGCUUCGCCUUGGCGACCGUGUCAUUGAGGCACAGCCCAACACCAAGCAGGGCGCGUACAAGGAUGAAGAAGAUAUUCGCACACAGUUUGAUCUUGAUGCGCCGCGCUCCCACCAGCAUCAGCGCCAUCAGUACCAGCCCCCUCCUGCACCCACACCAACAUCCCAGCACCACCAUCAUCAGCACCAUCAUCAUCAGCAGCAGGAGUACGCUGGUUCCAGGCCGCGUGGUGGCGGCCCUCCGUUUGAGCCUGAGCCGCUCAUCCCGCCAACGCCGGCAUCGUCAGCACCAACAACGGCACCAGCACAUGGGCACGCACCACAGCCGCACCAGGCAUACUCGGAGCAGUACCCAUCGACGUCGCACUCCAAGUCAACAGCGACGACGACAGCACCCCACGCUGAGGACCCGUACCUGCAUCAACGUGCCGAGCCCACCCUGCCGCCAACCCUCCAGCGCCACCCGUACGAGAGCUCACGUCAGCACCACGACCACGCGCAGCGGUACGAGCCAUUUACCCGGCAGCCGCCAGUGAGCCGCGAACCGGAGCCAUACACAACAGCAGCACAACCACCGGCACACGGCGACGAGAAGGUUGAGGGUGAGGAUGACGAGGCGGCGCUUGGGCCGUUUGAUGUGCUCGUGCACCACAUGGGCAUGCUUGAGCUGGUGCGCGCGCUCCUUGGCAAGCAGCAGGGCGUCAUCAGCAUCACGGCACUGGACGAACAUCAGGGGCAGGUUGCCCGCGUCAGCUGCGCGACGCGUGACGUUGGCGAGCGCGUCCUGAGGGAGAUGACGAACUUCCCUAUUGGGCAGGUGCAGCUGACGGCCCGCCGCGACCCGGACUGCCCCGCUUGGACGGCGGACGAGCUGUGGUCCGUGCAAACGGCGGCUUUCACUCACACGACGUACAAGCCGGACGGCAACCGCGUCAGAGGCACAUUCAGGUUUGUGUCACGGGAGAGCGCGGAGCUGAUGGUCCGCCUGUACGACCAGCGGGAGGUGCUGGGCACGAAGCUCAACGUGUUCCCAGACCCAAAGGCAAAGAACUGGAAGAGCAAGGGCAAAGGCUCCACGUCCUCCUCCCCUACAUCACCAACAUCCACCACGCCGGCGCCUGUUGCAGGCCAGGCAAAGCGCAUCACGUUCUACCUGAGCGAGGCGGCCAGGAAGCGUGACGGCAAGGGCUUGACUGCCGCCAUGCCCUGGCCCACCGACACGUACCGCAGCGUGCAGGCGACACUGGAGCGUGCUGGCGUCAACUUCCAGUCGCUGCAGGUCUUCCCGGACCUGCGCUGUGCAAGCGUUGACGUGGUUGCCGACAGCGAGGAGGCGUUCCGGAGCCUGCUGCCACUGCCCAUUGACACGGCGGGUGCCUGUCGUCUGGAGGCGCGGCAGGCACCGCUGCACCGCAUUGUCGUCACCUGCACCCCGCACAGCAAGCCCACCACGGGCCGCGACAUUGUGCAGGCGUUUGAGACGAACUUUGGCGGCACGGCGAAGCUUGUGCCCAUCCCGCAGUCCCUCAAGGACACGCUGUCCCGCAUCCAGCCGUUUGCCAGCACGCGCAUGGCUGAACAACAAGAACAAGGAACACAACAGCAGGAUGGUGGAGCGGUUGUGCACGACCCUCAUCAUUACAAGAAAGGCGAUGCUGACAACGACGACAGCAAGAGCAAGAGCAGCAGUGCGUCCUCUGAGACCACGUUGCAGCGCGUGUUUGUGCUGGAGACGACAGACACGCGUGCGGCGCAUGCGUGUGUGCGCAGGAUGCAGUUUGCCAUCUCUGUCUCGCACAAGUUUGUGGCGCGGCUGUGCUAUCCGAACGACGUGCACGUGGCGGUGCUCGAUCCCAAGCUGGGCGGCCUCCUGUCGGACCUCGUCGACGCAUUCAACAAGGGUAGCGUGGCCAAGGACCUCGAUGUGCUGGCGGCUGCAAGCAUGGGCAACCGCAUCUGCUUCACGGGCAGCACCGCCGUGCUGGUGUGGUCGCAGGCCAAGCUGCUUGCAAGCUUCCUCGCGCCGGCCUUUCACCCGUUUGCCCGCAGCGACCGCGUGCUGGGCGACGACAAGAUCAUGGAGCACGUGCUGAACGACUACGGCCUCAAGCUCGUGCGCUACCCGACGCUUGGCCUGCUACCCUACGCAGACACGGCACACGGGGCCAUGCGGGAUGUGGAGUUUGUGCGGCCGCCGCCCGUCACCAGUACCCCGCCCAUCGCAUCGCCCGUGGCACCCCAGCACGCCACAUCCCCAACAGCAACAUCAGCAACGCCAACGACAAUGACAUCCACAGCAACAGCAGAUAAUGACGACCCCACGGCCGUUGCGCAGCCGCUGUGGGCGCUAUAUGGGUUUGGCGAUGACAAGCAGGUGGCGGAUGCCAUGGCCUCUGUGAUUGAGCGCAGCGCCAACACGAGCGUCACCUUGUUGGGCAUGUACCCGCACCAGUUCCGGCACUUUGCCGAGGUGGCUGCGAUGAAGGCCACCAUCAUGGCUGGCGUGACAUACACGCUGGACGCCGUUGCGCCGGCCGUUAUCCUCCGCAGCACAGAUGCAAACGCGCUCCGCUCAUCGUGCGAUGCGCUCGCUGGCGCCAUCUCCGACCUCGUGAUGGAGGAGGUGUGCAUCCCGGGCUCGCUCGACAUGCUGCGGGAGGUGGUGACGUCGACCAAGGCCUCGCUGCUGCAGCACGUGCUGCUGACCAGCCACGCCCACGAGCGCGACGUGGCCAACAGGGCCAAGCACGCCCGCCCGACUCACCCCGGGCACGGCGACCCGGCCAACGCUCCCUGGCCCUCCAUUGACGGCGGGAAACUGCAGGCAGCCACACACGUGCACCAUCAGGCCGCGGGUGGCGCGCAGCCGUGCGGCCUGACCACUGCCCGGCUGUGGCUGGUGGGGGCACCGGAGCACGUGCAGCAGCUGCGGGACUACCUGCUCACGCUGGAGUGCAAGGAGACGGCGCUGUCGCACGACAUGAAGCAGGCGCUUAUACACACGCGCGACCUGGACGGCGUUGCGCUGCACGCCCAGCUGCAGCAGCGGGGCGCCAUGCUGCUGGAGUACUCGCUGUACUACUACCUGGACCAGGACAGGGAGCGCGGGCUCAGCUAUAUCAACAGCACCGUCGGCGCCAACAUCAAGUCGCAGACGACGAUCAGCGUCACGGGCAUGCAGUACCGCUUCCUGGACUCGCAGCUGCUGGAGCUGGCCCGCAAGUUCCGCGUGUAUGUGCGCAAGCCCAGCGCAGAGGACAGGGACGCGUGCGCCUCCAGCGUGCCCGUGACCGUGGAGGGCAUGCAGCGGCAGCUGACGGCGUUUGACAACGCGGUGCAGGACACGCUCAAGGAGUACCUGUGCCACGUGCUCCGGCUGCCGGUCAUUGACACGUCGCACGUGCCGGAGAUGUCCGAGUCAGACGUCACCUUCCUGAAGCGCAAGCUGUUCAACUACCUGACCAAGGCCAGCCGCACGCUGUGCCGCAGCAAGGAUGGCGUGGUGAGCUACGUUGCGCCACAAGACGUGAUUGGCACGCCCUCUGAGCGCAACGUGUGGAUGGUGGCUGGCCGGCGCGAUGUGAUGCAAACGGUCAUCCCGACGAUGGAGUCGACGUUCCGCACCAUUGCCCACAUCCGGCCCACGCGGUACGUGUGCCAGGUGCCCAUGUCCGUGGCGAAGGAGCUGUUGGACAGCGAGCUGAAGCGGCUGCGCAGCAACCACCCGCUCACGGGCGUCCUGGAGACAGACAACACCGCCCUGUUUGACAAGGACAAGGCGCGCUGCGUGCUGGUGCAGUCGCUGCGUGCGCGCGAGGCCGACGAUUGCAAGCAGGCGAUUGAGAACCUGCAGGAGCACGCCAUUGUGCAGCACACGGUUGGCUCGGACAUGGUGGAGCGGCUGACGAAGCUUGCGCUGCCGCACCUGUCCCUCAAGGAGCUGGACGCCUCUGAGCUGGCAGUGAUGGCGCGCGCAGCCAUGGACGAGGUCAACACGGCGCUCGCCGCCAACAAGCACUGCAGCAACACGCGGCUCAAGCUGGUGGACGUCGAAGUCGACAACGACGACGACGACGACGAUGAUGAUGAUGAGCAAGAAGGCGUUGGCGCUGAUGCCGGUUAUACCGCAAGCACGGGCGCUGCUUCGGCAAAUUCUGCUGGCACUGGCUCUUUUGAGCAGGCAGCACACGCAGGAGAGACAUCACAACAACGAGCGCAGGGCACGUACGACUCUGGCCGGGGCGACAGCCUGUCGACCUCAGUGCCGGCGCACCAAAGGCCAAAGAAGCUGGUGCUUGAAGGCCCACGCAAGGAGAUGGCGGCGGCGUCCGAGGUGCUGCUGACCACGUGCGAGAGGCUGUUCCCGGCCAAGGUGAAGCAGGCCGUGUGGGAGGUGGAGCCAUACCAGUACCACACCAUCAGCGAGACGCUGCCCGCGGUGCAACUGUAUGCGGAGUCGCUCGGCGUAAUUGUGCGCCUGCUGAAGGAGGCACAGGUGCCGCGUGCGCGCAACGUGCGGCGACGCGUGCGCAGGAAGGCCGGCACGCUGCGCGUGGAGAUUCGCGAGGGAAGCAUCAUCAACGACCGUGACAUGAACGCCAUUGUCAACUCGGCCAACCCGGACCUGAUGAACGACGGCGGCGUGGCGUUUGCCAUCUCGCAGGCCGCUGGCACGGAGUUUGAUGCUGCCUGCAAGGACUCGUUGGAGAGGAGCGGCCCCCUGCGGUGCAACGAGGCGCGCGUGACCACGUCCGGCGCGCUGGCCCUCUCGUCCAACAUUGAGCACGUGCUGCACGUGGUUGCGCCAAACUUUGCACCCGAGUUUGGCAGCACGGUGACGCAGACGGCUGCGGACCUGAAGACAGCGUACCGCGCGCUGCUGACGACGGCGCGGGACAACAAGAUCCGCUCGCUCGCCACGUGCGCGCUAGGGUGCGGCGCCUUCCGCUGCUCCCCCUACGCGUCUGCACGCGCGCUGUUUGAGGUGAUUGACGAGGUGGACCGCGACGGCACGUUGUUCGACACCAUCCGCGUGACCAUCAUCACCAAGGACGUGAGCACGCUGUCGGCGUUUAAGCAGACGUUUGAGAAGUACUAUGGCGAGAAGGUGGGCAGCGGGCUGUAUGAGGACCUGCAGCGCAGCGCCCUCGAUGCGCCGGCCGAUGAGACGCCUGACCCCAUCCACACGUGGCUGUACACGGGCCCCACGUACACGGAGCCGCCCUCCAAGGCGGAGCUGGACAACAAGGCCGCCUGGAACGGGUUUACGCACGACGCGACGCUGCUGAUUGAAAACGCCUUCAACAAGUACCGGGCUGCCAUCGUCGCUACGCGCAAGCGCAGCAAUGAUGAUGAUGAUGACGACGACGACGAUGAUGUUGGCAAUGGUGAGAGUGAUGAUGGCAGUGAUGGCCAGCGCAGCAGCGUCGGCAAGCACAAGGGUGUCGCUGCUGGCGGCGUUGCUGCGGAGCAUGCGCGCGAGAUGCCCAAGGUGAUGACAAAGCCGUGCGGGCGCUUCCCCGACAAGUACCUGCACAAGGAGCACUACAAGAUGAGUGAGGAAGACGCCGCCCGCGUGGUCGCCGAUGCCCGUGCAACUGCGGCUGCGGAGGACGAGCGCAACAUGCGCCGGACGGUUGAUCCAGAUGUCCUGCAGCGGUGGCUGGAGUACAAGAACCGCAAGGCGUGGAAGUCGGCGCGCUUCUUCAAGUUCAAGAUCCAGUACACGACCAACACGCCCGGCAAGCUGGUUGACCGCUACUUCACGGUGGACUUCCAGGACCACUGGGUGUACGUGAGCCCCAGGAAGGAGCACGUGGGCAUGCACGUGAACGACCUGCAGGACUCUGUGACGCACGUGCUUGCGUGCGACGUGCAGGAGGACUCCAACUACGCCAUGACCGGUGGCGAUGCUGAUGCGAACACGCAGGCCGGCACCGCUCACCCCACGACGUCCUCGUCAGUGCCGCUGCACUUUGGCACGAUUGUGGAGGACGGCCCGUCGGGGCCCGAGAAGCUGCUGUGCGUCUUCCGCGGCAUGGAGCAUGUUCUGGAGCAGUGCAAGGCGUGGACGCAACGCCACGUGCGUGCACACGUGCAGACGUACACGCUCAACAUGCCGCGCAGCCUGGAUCUGUCGGUGAUCAAGGCGGCGUGCGACAAGCACCACGUGCAACACGUGGAGCGGGAGCUUGGCGACGGGCGCGUGCAGUUUGGCGUCACUGGUUAUACGCCCGAGAUUGAGCGCGUGCGGCGGGUGGUGGACGAGCAGCGGUCGAAGCUGGAGCCACAGGCCAUCUUUGAGAUUCCGGACCGCUGGGACAUGCACAAGGGCCAGCUGCUUGUUGACGUGACCAACGAGGACGAGCUGGGCCGCGUGCGCGCGCUGCUGGAGCCGCUUCGCCCCCGACACCUGCGCGUGCAGCGCGUGCAGAACGUGCCGCUGUUCAAGCGGUACUUGGAGAGCGUGCACCGCGUGUACGCCAAGCACCGGCGGCCCGCGCCACCAAACCUGUCCAACGACAUUGCGCCGCUCUCUGGCGACGAUGACUACAACGUGUUUGAGCACCGCCUGCUGCACGGCACGCGCAGCACGCCGCCGCACGUCAUCUGCAGGAGCGAGCUUGGCCUGACCAUCAACUACGCCAGCGCGGAGGGCUACUUUGGCCCGGGCCUGUAUUUCAGCCGCGACCCGUCGUUUGCUGUCAAGUACGGCCACCACGAGGGCAGCGCAACAGACAAGAACGACACCACCAGCGAGCGGCGCGUGUCGCUGCUCCUGGCCCGCGUCCUCACUGGCGUGUAUGUCGAUGUGUCGGCGCCCCAGCCCAACCUGCGCCACCCACCAGCCAUGCCGAGCACUGCUGCUGUUGGUUCUGGCGCUGCUGAUGAUGAUGGUGGUGACGUUGCUGCUGUUGCCGACGAGGAAGAAGGAAGCGGCCGAGCUGCCGCUGGUGAAGAGAGUGAAGGCACCUCGGGUGGUGCUGAGAGUGCUGGUGGCCGCACGACUGCUUCUGCUGCUGCUGGGACUGUGUUAUACGAUUCCGUUCGCGGUUUCGACGGCGAUACGGAGAUGUUUGUCAUCUACGACAACGGCAUGUGCUACCCGGAGUACAUCAUCUCCUUUGACGAUGAUGCUGUUGAUGUGCAGGAGGAAGACGGGGAGGAAGAGGAAGAGGAAGAAGACGCGCCAGUUGUCGGGGAGCGUGAGAGUGAUGAUGACCGUGGAGAUGACCCUACUGAGGAAGUGGAAAGUGAUGGAGUGGGAGGCAUGCGACUCACGACUGGGAGUGAGGAUGAAGCCCAACCCCGCACUCCAGCUGACGACGAGAAUGGCGAUGAUGGUGAUCGUGGUGAUGGUGAUGGGGAUGGUGGUGAUGAUCCGCCACGUGAUGAUGGUGCUGGGCACGCUGGCGAUCAAUCACAACGACCCCUGCCACCCCAAAACGAUGUUCCCGGUGAUGGUGCUGUCGCUGAGAACAACAACUUUGGGGUGAACGGAAUCAGAGGCAGCCCCCACGACAACAACAACAACCCCAACAACAACCCCAACAACAACCAGAACAUUCUUGGCAAUGCCAGCUAA